AUGCCUCCUGAUAAGCCUAAUAUCGAUCGACGACAUUUGCAAAGCAAUGGGAUGACUUACACUAAAAUGAUUCUCCCUAAGGAAGGAAACGGAGAUCUUCCAGAUGAUGUUGAACUAUACAGGCAAGCCCUUUUAGACUUCGGUGGCUCGAUACCUGACUGGGCCGAAAGUCCCAUCAAAACAACAUCAAAGGCACGUCUAGUUAGAGGUUGUGGUGAGGACAUUAAAAACCCCCAAAUAUCUUCGCAUGAUGACUCCACCCAGAGCCCUGUAUUGUCUGCGGAUUUGUGGCAGCAAAUAGAGCACUGCUUCAGCAUAGCAAAGAAAGCUCAGAAUCUAGCCAAGGUACAUGCUCCGCAGCCCGAAUGGAAACAUCUGCUGCGAGGCAUUUUCAAACGGUAUAAGGACAUUUCCCCGGCUGCAGAGAAUCAACAGAAACUGUUUGAGCAAUUUUCUCUGGAGGAAAACAUACUGUGGGAUGAUCAGAAGAGAUCCACGGAGGAUUACCCGAAGCCGGAUUUUACCUACGGAUACACAAUUAACAACGAUAUCCCCGUAUCCCUCCGUUCAACAGAAAUUGUGACGAACUUCUCCCUUGAAGUGCUCGGUGACCUGCGAUCUGCUGGCCUGAUAUCCUCUCCGAUUAGAGGCCUUCGUGAAUGGGCAAAGGACAAGGCCACCAGCCUAUCUCAAGAUCAGCUCAUUUGCUUUCCCUUCGCAGUGGUUGAACUCCGUCCCUGCGGUAUUUCAUUCUUGUCUGAAAACGAGUCCUGCUAUUCUCAAGCGGCAAAUGGGGCAUUAGCUGCCCUACGGCUUAAUGAGAAGCUCUGUAACUGGGCUACGGCCAGCUACGAUUCUGUUCCACCAGUAGUGGCCUUCACAUGUGUCGGAGAAGAGAUCAGAGUCUGGCUGGCAUUUUCCGAAGUAAAGGAUAAUAUUCAUCUGAGUCGUAGGAUGGUGUGCAUCUGGGAAAGCAGUCUGUUUUCAGGCUGGGCUGUAGUCAAGACUUGCUAUAUAGUAAAAAAUAUGUUACUUUGGGCAUCCAGAGUAUGGAAGCCGAACGUUUCAGGUCAUAUCAGCCGAAUACAGCAAAACAAAAUUUCGUUCCUGCUUGAUAGACAUGUCACUCAGGCGUCCUUCGAUACAAGACCAUUUGAAUUUUCAGCCAAGAGCACAAAACCUACGUCUCCCAAACCCCUUGCCGCAACGAAGCCCCUAUUGUUUGAAUUUGGUUCUCAACGGCCAUCGCGUAUACAGGAAAAUAACCAGGGCCCUCGAUUGGAUAGCUCGGAAUUUAACUUUGGCGCGCGGCCAUUCAUCCCCCCCAAAAUGAGCAAAGCCAUGGAUCUGACAAUUUGUUCCCCGGGAAGCAUUUUCACGAACACAGCUGAGAAAUCUAUAAAUGACAAACCACAGAAGAAUUUCCGGCGUGUCUGGCAUAGGAACAAACAUAUCACCGUUAGAUUGCCGCCGAGCGUCAACCAUGACCGAAUUGUGGAACCCAAACAAAAACAGAAGGAUAACGAACAGCAGCUAUCGCACUCUAGUCCCGCUGCAGAAACGAGAAAUACAGCGGAAGAUCAACCCACAAAUAAAAUAUUUGGAAACUUUCAUAGUUUGGGGCAUGCUUCCAUGCCGGAAUCAUCUGCUGCGGUGGAGAAAUUAAGUGGGCAAAUCAACUUGUUAGGUUUGAAUGAAACUGUGCAGACCGCCUCCGGUAUUCAACCAACUAAAACAAAAAAGAGUCCGCCAUCAACAGAUGUAAUCUCAGAAGCACUCGACAGGGAUAGUCGAGGAAAAUCCCAAGGCAAGCUUCCGAUGAUUAACUUGGGGCAACCACAGCGGAAGACAUCGUCCGUUGGUACCCCUAACGCGGAAGCAGAUUCUAACCGUCCGAGGAAACAGGGCGAUGAAGCCACCCAAGGGGGUUCUGAGCCAUUGGGCAAAGCAUAUGAACGUGAUCACUCCCCUCCGCUCAACACCAAGGCGGCAGUUGAUGGUAACUCUUCGUCCGCUGGACCGUCCAAACUGAGCGCUGGUGAAGGACAAGAAGCAUGCCCUGACAUCAUCGAGGAUUUUCGAGAUUCUCCAGACGAGCCUGAGCUUAUGAUUGGCGCAUGCCCACACUAUGGAAGCAUGGUAGCUGAGUCACUCCAGUUGCUGCGAGGCAAUGAACUGCUGCGACUAAACGUAGUAUCGAAAAUUACCCUUGAGCUCCAAGGCCUCGAGCUCCUUGAUGUGACUUGGAGUGUGCUGGAGCUUUGGGUUGCCCAGCAUACAAAUGCCCCGUCGUCGCCAUGUGAAGCGCUGGAAAAGAUUAUACGGGAGCUCAACGACGCCCUGGAUUUGCCAGGUGCUAUUAUUACUGUGGAAAAUAUGUGGGCAAGCGAGCCAAGUACGUGGGAGAAUAUAGAUCGUGCUCUGCAAAGCAUCCUACAAUCGGAUGAGGCGAAAUUAAAGAAUAUAAUGGCCUGGGCAAUCGAAUGCAUGGAUCUCUUGGAAGGCCUCGAGCUUUGUGAUAUCCUGAAGUUUGGGGAGCUAUCUUGCUUGGAACUGAAACGCAUGGACCGGGAGAUUAUUGAUAUUCUUCGUACCGCGGAGGCAGAUGAAUGA